AUGAGGAAAGCUUGCAAGACAGUGGAUAGAGAGAAGAAACAUACAGAUGGUUGGUUUGUUCGUGGUCAUUGCUGUGUGUCGGCUGCGAGCCAGAUCGUCGCAGCCGCCAGAUGGCGUGGCGCGCGGCCACCAACCGCGCGAAUCCGUGGCGAGCCAGGCUCGGGAGCUACGCGCGCAUAUCACCGCUCAACAAGUCCUAAGCUACGCCCGGACCCGACGAACACCAGGACUCCGAUCAACAAGUGUAAAGAUAACCCCACAGCACAACAGCUAAAGCCUGCUUAA